AUGCCGGACGCGAGCUCUGCCAUCACCACAGGCGCAAGCCCGACAACCAUGCAGGAGAAAGAGAUAGACUAUGGCUGCCAAACAUGCCUCGUCCACUUCUCAAGCAAAGAAGAGCAACGAGCACACAUGAAAGAGAAUUGGCACAUCUACAACCUCAAACGCCGCAUCGCCUCCCUCCCUCCAAUAUCCCCAUCUCUAUUUUCCACAUUGAACGAUGCGCGAAACGAAGAUGGAGAGAAGGAGAGCCAGCACCCGCAUGAUCUUUUCGAGCAAAUCUGUGCGGCGUGCCAGCAGACGUAUACGAGUCGGAAAGCCUGGCAAAGUCACCUGAAGUCUAGGAAUCAUGUUUUGACGGUAGAGGAUGCCGACUCUGGCCUGAUGGCUCCGCGCGAUGCUGCUUCUGAAGUAGCUUUCGAUCGAGCUGAACUUUUAGACGUCUUAGAUGAUGCGGAAGUAUUCGACGCGUCCAAGUGUCUGUUUUGCGCCACCGUCUCCCCGUCUCUCGAUGCAAACAUUGGGCACAUGUCCCACGCCCACAGCUUUUUCAUUCCGGACGUCGAGGCCUUGAUUGACAUCGAAUCGUUUCUCGAGUAUCUGUCGAGAAUUAUCUCCGACUUCCACGAGUGCCUGUACUGCGGGAGCGAGAGAGCCAAUCGUGUUGCGGUGCAGGACCACAUGCGGGCAAAGGGGCAUUGUAGGCUGGAGAUGGAGGAGGAUGUGUUAGAGUUGAGAGAGUUCUAUGAAUUUUCUCGGGAUUCUGAUGAGGACGAGGAAGAGGAAGGGGAAGAGGACGGAGAGGUUAGGAUCAGAGGAGAACAGCAGGAUGUGACAAUCACGAUUUCCGCCGACGAAAUCCGUCUUCCCUCUGGCAAAAUAUUACGGCAUCGUUCCUCGCAGCAACAGCCUCGACGACAGCAUUCGCCGUCGGGCUUAUCAACUUCGCCAAAUCAUCUUCCUCAGACCAAUCCGAUUCCACAUUUUCCAUUCGCCAAUCCCGUCCUAGCCUCGAAUCUCACCUCGGCCUCCCACUCUGAGCCAGCCUCUCGUCCUCAGACCACUGCCGACCGCCGCAUCAUUCUCAAGCCCGGUAUCUCGACUUCUCUUAUGGGCGUUUCGGAUCAGCAACAACGCGCUCUGCUCGCCACGGAGAAGAAAAUGCAGACGGUAGAUACGAGGGCCAGGAAGCAGUAUGAGCGUAAGGUGGAGAGGGGUGGAAAUAGGCAGAAGAGGUUUAAAGUCUGUUCUAUUGGAAAGAAAGCUGGGGGGUUGGAGAAGAGGAAUGGUUGA